CCAAUCCCACCCACUGGUUUGGAUGACUAUCAAAAAAGUUGGCAACUGGAUAAGAAUGUUUUAGUGUCGCCACGUUUCAAAAGUCCCUCAACGUUUCAUUAAUUAUAUAUUUUGCACCUAAUUAAUAAAAAAAACAUUUCUUGGACAUCCCAAAUGCGAACAGGCGGGAAGAAGAGAGAUGGUCUUGCCAAUCCUCUGCUCAAAAGCUCGGUGGAUCAGUCCAUCUUUGGCAGCUCUAAGACCUUCAUCAGUUUGUAGAGACCCUUUUCACUGUUCACUCUUUUCUGGGUUGACCAGUUCCUUUCUGGGUCUUCCCAGAAAACGCUUUGAUUCAGACUCAAGGAACGAGCUAACAACUUUAGCACAAGUACCUCCAGUCAAGAACCCAGUUCUGAGGCUAGAGGUUUCAAGUGAUACAAACUUUAUAGUGAAAAAUGUGCCAAAAACUAAGAAUGAAGUGGAGAUGUUUGAUGAUAUUAAACAGAGGUUUCUGAGUUUUAAGAAGCGUGUCUAUUCGGAAAAGUUGGAGCAUUAUCAAAGACUUGCAGAAGUACAAGUGCCUAAGUUCAUGGUGAUUGCUUGUGCAGACUCCAGGGUAUGCCCUUCCAACAUUCUUGGAUUUCAACCUGGAGAAGCCUUCAUGAUUCGAAAUGUGGCAAAUCUUGUUCCUCCACUUGAGAAUGGACCAUCAGAAACUAAUGCUGCCCUUGAGUUUGCAGUAAACACUUUAGAAGUUGAGAAUAUAUUAGUCAUUGGGCAUAGUAGAUGUGGAGGAAUUGAGACCCUCAUGAGCAUGCAAGAUGAGUUAAGCUCAAGCUUUAUCCACAAAUGGAUUACCAAAGCGAAAUUCGCCAAGUUAAAAACAAGAAAUGUUGCUCGGAGUUAUAGUUUUGAUGAGCAAUGCAGGCAUUGUGAGAAGGAAUCUGUUAACCGUUCAUUGUUGAAUUUGCUGACAUACCCCUGGAUAGAGGACCGGGUAAAGAAUAACCUCGUCUCAAUUCAUGGCGGGUAUUAUGAUUUCUUGAAUUGUACUUUUGAGAAAUGGAUUCUUGAUGUCAAUAACGAUAGCAGCAACAUUGAUGGGGCCAAAUAUUUGUUCAAAGACCAUGAGAUUUGGUCUUGAACCUUUUUUUCUUUCUUUCUCUAUAACAAUGCUUUCUGCCUCCAUUGUAAUGUAUUAUUAAUUAUGUACAUGCUAUAUCUUAAUUAGUAAUAGAUGAUUAAAGAUAAUUCAUAUCUUGAUUCCAAA